AUGAUUGCCGAGUACUUCAGACGUUUUUACAUGAACAGUCGUGGCUCUGUUCGCUCGGGAGAGUCCGAGGACGAGGGUGUGGACAUGGAGGAGGGUGGUGAAAGUGAACAGGAGAUUGAGGAUGAUGCUGAGAUUGAGGUGGAUGGGGAUGAGAAAAAGGACCCAUUGGCCCCGGCUCUGCGAGCACAGCUUGUAGAGUUGGAAGAACAGGAACAGCAACUGAGCUUGCUUCUGGAGCUCCAGGAACUCCAUGAUCAAGAAGCCCUGUUGCUGGUACAGGAUCUUGAAGAGCGCGAGGCCAUGCAACUUGCAGUUGCAUUGUCAGAAUCGGAAGCUGAAGCCAAGGUCAGGGAUUGUGAGGAAGCCAAGCUGGCAGAAAGCAGUGUAGCAACAGGCGAGCCAUCAGGUGACAAGCUUGUGUCUUUUGCUUCAGCAGAAAACAUUGCAACGAACCUCAUCGAGAACUCUGCUCGUGCACCCGAUGUUUCAAUAAGCCCGCACGAUGCCGAGACCCAGCACAUUUUUGGCGAGAUCCCGAAACUCGAUGCUUCAGAUGCUUCGGAUGCAAAGCAGUUGCCGGAAGCUGCUGUUCCAAUUGCAGCCAAGUUGGCACGGGCUGUACCAUUGGCUAGUGAUGAUGAAGAGAAUUGCGAGGAGCAGGAGGAAGAGGAGGAGGAAGAGGAGGAAGGUUCUGAGUCCCCUUCCGGUGUUGUUCUAAGAGCAGAUGAGGAGCUUCAGGAGGAUGAUUGUGUGGGUGAUGGAAAGGAGCCGGAGCCGCUGCUGGAUGGCAAUGCCAGUCCUACCAAGGAGGAGGAAAGGAAGGAGCCAGCAUCCACAGACACUCCGGGCAAGGCUACGGUGCAUUAUGAUGCUGAUGAAGUGCUCCCUCCCUGCCCUGUCAUUACCGAUGGCCUGCCCAAGGAGGGCGGGGUAAGGGAUCAGGCCGGGGCCGUUCGGGUGGAGGUGGACGAGGAAGGGGCCGAUCAGGAUGAGGCCCCAGACGAGGCCCCCCAGGAGGACCAGAUCACUGCCACUGAGCCAGAGCCCAGUGAGGAGGAGCCAGCAGAGAAGGAGGAGCCACCUGCACCGAAGGCGAAGCCAGCACCCAAGAGAAGCCGAGAUGAUUCCCACCCUGCCCCGCCCAAAGACCACCCGCUGAAGAGGACAAGGCGGGCGAAGGACAACAAGCGCAAGCGCAGUCCCAGCUCUGAUGAGGGUGUCGAGCCCGCACCAAAGCCCAAAGCAGCAGGCAAGUCCAAAGCAUCGCCCAAGGCCGAGCAGUCCGAUGAGGCUGCACGCAAAGCCCGAUUGUCAAGGAAAUCCGUAGCUUACCACCGGGCUGUGAAAGAGGCCAAGGCUGAAGGAAAAUCGGAGGAGGAUGCAAAGGCAAUGGGAAAGAUUGUGCUCUGCCUCCGGUGGAUGCAAAAUCUAGAUUUUGGUGAUCGCUACAACUUCUUCGAAGUUUUCUCGGGUGCUGGGAUGGUGUCAAAAGUCUGGCAUGAAGAGGGCUUCAACGUUGCAUCCUUCGAUCGCCUCUAUGGACGAUCCAUGGACAUACUGAACUUCUAUGAGAUCGGUGAUCAGCCCUUCCGGAAGGGAGGCUCUACCCUGGGCCGCUUCAUCGACAAGCGGGGGGUUGCCAGGUUUCGUGGAGACAAGGAAGCCCUGCAGAAGAGUGGGCUUACAACCAAUGGCGACGAUUGCCUUCCACCGAACGAGCGGAUGCUCGUGGCCGAGCCACGGUGGCUUGUGGCAGCACUGAGCUUCGAGAUGCUUUGGCUGUGGCCUCCUCCACGCUCUGAGGGCAUCUUUGGCUCCCUGGGUGGUCCCGCGAUUGCAAGAAAAGCCUCGACCUUCGAGCUGGCUGGGAACCACGCCGUCCCUUUGGCGGCUGCACCAGAAGCCCUGGCCCGCAACCUGCCCAGUGCCGAAAGCUUAGACAGCUACGAUAGUGCUGUUGAGGAUGCACAGCGCAGGGUCCCCAAACUAUCAGAGUUGCCCCGGAACACCCCAACCAAGAAGCCGGCUGCUACUGCUAUUGAUGUGGGACCCCCAAGCCCGAUGCCAGCUCCCCCGAAGCCUCACCAGUUCCUGGUGCUGGUCCCACCCAAAGGACCCGAAGUGGAAACUUGUCAAGCCCUGGACCCAGUGCCAGUGAGAUGGCUAGAGCUCUCCAUCAAGAAGUUUCACCUGAAGAAGAAAACUUUGGCCAAGCACGGUGGCUACUACACGAAGGCUUACCUCACAAACAACUGCCACUGGACAAAGCCCAUGGUGGAGAAAGCUUGGCAGUGGGCUCACAAGAACAACUGCUUGAGAAAGAAUGAGAUUCAUGGGGAGGAAGAAGCUCUCCUUGUCCUGUCGGACUCCUACGAACUCCUCGACCAGGAAGGGCAGGAGUUGAGUAUGGCGGGAACCAUCGAGAUGGAAGACGACAGUGGGUUUCUCCUGGCCGACGAACUACCUUCGAUCAAGGCCUCCCACGCCGAUAUCUUCGCCGGCAAGCUAGCCUCGUCCUCCGGAAGCGGUGGUGCCGAUCACGUUUCCCUCGCUGCAGCAGAGCUCGUCCCCACUCAGCAUUUUGGCAGGGCCCUGAAGUCCUACUACAAGGAGCUGCAGAACAAGCAGGCCGACGCCAUCAACAAGCCCUUCAAUGAUGCCUUGCUGAAGCUCUAUGCCAACAUUACAAAGCAGGACCUUGUAAUGAAUAACCUGGUGGUGAGGGCCAGGCUGUCGUGCAACGAUCAGAAGCAGAUACUCCUAGCUAGGAUACCCGGGCCUGAUGUAGGUCUGCUGGAACGUGGCACUGAUGUGCAACCAGCAGCAGAAGGAAAUGAUGACACCGACUCCGACGCCGACCUGGUGGAUGAGCUCUUCUACGGCUUCGAGCAAGGGGAAUGGUUCGACUUGUCCAACGACAGCCAAGUGCGUCGUCUACAACCAGACGAUCCGAUCCCUGAUCCGUUUCUGCCGACCACCAGGUUGAACCAAUUUCCCAAGGGGCCUGGAAAGGGCCACGAUUGCUCCACAAUGCUGGGAUGGCUGGAGGCCCUGUAUCUUGAAACCGACAUUGCUACAAUUGCACCCCAGCACCACGACAUCUUCAAGCUAUUUCGGUGGACCUUGAUUGCUGUCGGAACUCACUUCCGAGUCCUCUACCGGGGAGGAGUUUUCAUCACCCGGGCUGAUGCUGCCACUGCUGUGGAGUGUGGGUGGAAAAUGUUCGAAGGCUACCACCACUUGGCACGGUUAGCGGCGGGGUUUGUGGGCCUCGAACGGUACGGGUAG